AUGGCUUUGAAACUUAAUCAACGCGGAAUAUUAGUUAUCAGUUCAUUUUUCAUCGUGAUAGAGAUCUGUUCUUCAAAAUUAUUCUACAUGCCUCUUGGUCUUUAUCGGGAUUUUGUACUUGAGGAAAAAUAUGGGUUUAAUAGACAAACAUUGUCGUUGCAUAUGCUUGAUUUGUUGAGAAUCACAAUAUUGCAAAUACUGGUAGAGGUACCAAUGUCUGCAGCUGCAGUGUACAUUAUAAAUCAAGGAGGUCAAUUUAUACACAUAUGGCUAUGGUUUAUACAACUAUUAUUUGUAAUUAUACUAAUGAGAAUAUUACCUACUUUUAUUCUUCCAAUGUUCAAUGAGUUCCAACCAAUGCCAGAUGGAUCCCUUAAAGACUCUAUAGCAAAUCUAGCGCAAACCGUAGGGUUUCCUUUAUCAGAAAUAUUUAUAAUGGACGGUUCCCGGCGCUCCAGCCGCGCAAAUGCAUUUUUUAUUGGAUCUUUUGGAACCAAACGCAUAGUUUUGUUCGACAACCUCUUGGCAAAAGAAAAUGACAAAGCUGUGUUAGAGGAUGAUGAAAUUCUAGCAGUUUUGUGCCACGAAUUCGGCCAUUGGAAACAUCGACAUGUGAUGAAAGGUUUCACGUAUCAGCAAAUAACUAUCUUAUUAAUUCUAACAUUAGUUUGCUCUACUAUAUCUUAUACUCCAAUGUACAAAGCAUUCGGAUUUCCUCCACAUCUCCAGUCUGCAAUCGUUGGAUUUUUUAUUAUCAGAGGAUAUAUUCUUAUACCUUUUUACUUUUUAGAAAAUUUGAUAUCAAAAUAUUUUGAACGCGCAAUGGAACUUCAAGCCGACAGCUUUGCUAUCGAUAUGAAUUAUGGUCAAGCACUUAGAAGUGGUUUGUUAAAAUUUAUGAAAAAUCAUUUUACAUUUCCACUAGAUGAUCCUUUAUACUCAAUGUGGAACUUUACGCAUCCGUCGCUAUUAGAACGUAUUCGAUACAUUGAUUCGAUUCAAAAAUUAAAAAAAGAAUAA